AUGGCCGUACCACCCAAAUUCGCAGCUCACAAGCUCACCUUUGGAGCGGAACCCAAGCCCUCCACCGACGGCGUCCCCUCGCAGCCGCACACCAUCGAGCUCUACCUCGACUACGUCUGCCCCUACUCAGCCAAGCAGUUCAACACCUUUUACAACGCCGUCGUGCCCGCCAUUCGCGCCAACGCGACCUGGGCCGCCAACCUCGAGGUCAUCUUCCGCCAGCAGGUUCAGCCCUGGCACCCCUCGAGCACCCUCGUCCACGAGUCCGCCGUGGCCGUCGUCAAAGUCGCGCCCGCCAAGUUCUGGGCGUACAGCGACGCCCUCUUCAAGGCGCAAAAGGACUACUUUGACGCCAACGUCGUCAACGAGCCGCGCAACGAGACGUACAAGCGCCUCGCCAAGCUCGCGGGGUCCGUGGGCGUCGACGAGAAGGCGGUGCUGGACCUGCUCGUCGUCUCGGACAAGCCCGACGCCGAGGGCGCGCUCAACGUCGGCAACGGCGUGACCAACGACUUCAAGGUGCUCAUCAAGCUCGCGCGGUUGACGGGCGUGCACGUCAGCCCCACGGUGCUGUUUGACGGGUACCCCAACAACGAGAUCAGCUCCGGCUGGACGCUUGAUCAGUGGAAGGAGUGGCUUCAGAAGAACAUUGUCUGA